CAAGUGCUAUCGAUUAAGAUUGACCCACUAAUCCUACAGUUGGGCCUUGUCAUAACGCCCAUAUGGGUCAAUGCCCACUGGAUAUUGCAAUACAAAACCACAAAAUAGUAUUUUUCUCCUUUUAAUUGAAAACCAAAGUUGGCGUCAAGUCACUGGAUAUAGCCGUUGUCGAGUACAAAAGUAAGCGCGGGUUUGUUGCGCCGUGGCACGACCAUCUGGCAACAGCGCUCAGUCCACAGUCUUUCCCGACGACGCUUUUUAUCAUCUAGUGGGCACGGUGAAUAACCAAGAAUUGUGGCGGCAUUAUUGUUGUGUUUUCUUAAACAAAUUAGGUUAAGUUUCGACGAUUUGACACAUUAUAUUAAUGCUGUCAAGAAUUUUAUUUUAAGCUAUGAUGCCAUCCUUGGAUCACUGUAUAAAUAACCCACCCACAAUGACAACGUUAAGAAACACUCUUGAAGUUUUUGACACGUACAAGCAUCGAGAAGAGAAGGAUUCAGAUGAAGAAAGUUUCCACUUACCACUUGACGACGAUGAGUCGGAUCAAAGCCCGUACUAAAUAGAAAAAAAUAGAUCUUUUUUACUUAACAAAAUGAAUGAGACGGCCGAUAGUGCUUAUGACAAAUUUGACAAAUGGUGUAAGGAGAACGACAUGCACGAAAUAACCGAACAAGUCGUGCUGUCAUAUUUUAAAUUGCAACGAAAUAAAUACAAGGCGUCCACCGUGCACUCCAUCUUUUUGAUGUUGAAGGACGCUCUAAGUUUGCACAAAGGUGUUGAUAUUUCGCAGUACAGUAGACUGCAAGCGCUGUUAAAGUCUGUGCCCAGAAACAGGAAGCUGUUCGCUUUGGCCUUCGAUGAUUUAAAAUCGCAUUCGCUUUACGAAAGACGCUAUCAACAUUUUGAGAAUUGGCGUAAGGAGAACAAAAUGUACGACGUAACCGAAGAGGUUGUGCUUGCAUAUUUUGAGUUACAACGGAAUAAAUACAAGGCUUCGACUCUCUGGUCCAACUUUUCGAUAUUAAGGCAGUGCCUGAGUGUGGACAAAGAGAUUGACAUUUCGCAGUACACUCGCCUACAGGCAUUGCUAAAGAGCGCCUCUGAGGGCUACAGUCCGAGAAAAUCAAACGCUUUGGAGGAGGAAGACGUUUGGAAAUUUCUACAAGAAGCCGAUGACACGUGGUACUUGGCCAUGAAAGUUAUUUUAAUUAUGGGAUAUUACGGGGCGUGCAGACGAGAUGAGCUCACUAAUAUGUUGAUUGACGAUGUUGAGUUCAGAGGCGAGUCAAUUGUUGUCUCAGUGCCCAAAAUCAAAAAAAUCACGAAGUCAGUACGAAUGUUUUCGAUAACGGAUCAAUUCUGUGUGAAUAAAAUUAAGAAAUAUGUGGCCUUGCGGCCGUCAGAUGUCACACAUAAACGAUUCUUUCUAACUUAUCGCAAUGGCUACUGUGUGAAAAGUCCCAUUGGUGUGAAUACCAUGGGCAUCAUACCCAAAGAAAUUGCAGCUUUCUUAAAACUACCCAAUCCAGACCGUUACACCGGCCAUUGUUUCAAACGGACAAGUGCCACUCACUUGACCAAUCGCUUUAAUAACAUGUUACUAGUCAAACGUUUUGACAAUGGCAACCCUGAGGUGUUUCAAGAUCAGUCAGAUAGUACUGAAGAAACGUCUUCUGAUUUGAACUUACCAGGGUGUUCUGGCAUGUGCAACACCAAUAGUUACUUUACUGUCAGUAGCAGCAAUUUUUAUAAAGAUAUCAUUGUCCAAGAAUUUCAAGACAAGAAAGACGAAAACGAAACGGAAGAAGAAAUCUUAAAUAAAUUCGGAAGCUCAACUGCGCCGGUUGAACACAUUGACGCCCAAAUGGAAGAACAGUUGUUGAAUGAUGAAGAAGACGAGAAGAAAGUGAAUCACCACGUUUCGAAGGAAGCGGACAAAGUUGAACGGGUUAAUGGUUUCGGAAGUGAAGAAACUUCGUCGGUGGAAGAAGGUGUCAAAACAGCAGAUGCUCCAGAUUCUGGGAAGAAUACCAAUAGUCCAAGUCAGAAUCUAGAGGAACAACCAACCAGUGUUGUCGAUGAAUCUGGUGCAAUUGGCACACCCUGUAGUAAAGAUUCAGUUAAAGAAAUCGAAGCUGAUAAGUUAGCCGCGCAAGUCAAUGGUCUAAUCGAUAGUCUUGAAGAUAAAGAACAAAACUGUGAAAGCAAAAACAAAGAUCCGGUGACUAAAAAUAAUGAUAAUCCGCCAGCGGUUGACGAAGCAAAAUGUGACAAUUCUCGCAACUCUCCAAAGCUCCAAAAUGAGGAUUCUGAAGACUUGUUCGAUAUUAGCAUCAUUCGGGAUGCGGAGGAAGACAAUGCGGAAAGUGCAUACAACGAAGCACAAGCUGAGGAAAGUCAUGAAGAUAGUGACGAAAAGGCUGAAGAUGAAGUUACGAAUGAGAAGGCUGCUGAAGAAAUGGAAGAAGUGGAAGAAAUGGAUAUUGACAGGCAGGAGUUGAACGAUGUGGAGAUUGAAGAGGCCAAUUUGAAGGAAACUAGUGAUGGGGAAAGUGAAAAUAAGACUGAGACAAUAAAUAGUGAAGAGAAACUUUGUGAUAAUGUUGUCGUGGGGGAUAAAAGUGCGAAUGAGUGUAUGCUGGAUGAAAUCACGGGGAAGUUAACGAAUGGGGAAGGGGCAGAAAUGGAAACGGAUAAAGAUACUGAGGAUGGUCAGAAACGGCGAUCGUUGAAAAGAGCCAGUUCCGCUGAGGAUGAGCACAGUUUAGCGAAAAAAUCACGAACAGAUCCUUUAGGCGACAUCGAGUCGAAAGUAGAAGAAGAACCAAAAGAAAAACCGCCAUUACGAAAACUACUCUCGUUAGCCGAAUUUAUGAAAACUAGAAAAAAUGGUAGAAAACCGACAAUGCACGAUUUAGAAGAAUUUUGCGUCCAAAAAAUCUGCGAAGCGAUAGUCCAUAAAAGCGAUCUAGGCGACGUCCACCAUCAACUAAAAGUACAAGAACAAUUAAUCGAGACAAUGCGCAAGGAAAUCCUACAGCUUACGAAACAAGCGCGCGAUUUGGAAAUCGUAAAUAAAAAAUUAAUGAACGAUUUAAAACAGCACAAUGCCACACAAAAACCCUUGAGUCCAUUGAAAAUCACUCGUUCGGUGGGAUUGCAAGUCAAAUUCACCCCAGUUUCGAGCUUUGAAGCCAACAAACGAAGACAGGUGAAUCCGCAGCCGACUCAAAACCAAAAAAUUGCUCCACUCCAACCUGCAACGAAUAGAAGCCCACGAGCUGCCCCCGCCCCCGUUCAAACUAACGCAAAUCGACAAACCAAAAUGCCUAAAACACUUUACAACACCAACUGCUGUGUACCAGGCUGCAGUUCAAGAAAAAACUCAAACUGGUCUUUGCAUUUUCAUAAUUUUCCGAAAAAAAACGAACGCCCAUUGAUGGCAGUGGAUGCUCUGGGGCGAAAACAGGAGGUAAAUAGGAGAAAACUUUGGGAGAGUGUUUUAUUAUUAGAGAGGAAGGCAACCGAUCGUUCGACCGUUUGUUCUCGUCAUUUUAAAGAAAGUGAUUAUUAUCCAAAGAGUGAUAGAUCAAAAAUGAAAGCGCCCAGACUUAUCAAAACCGCAGUGCCCUCGCUUAAUUUACCCCAGGCAACCAGUGAAUUACCCGGAAUGAAAGUUGAAAAAUGAAUUUAUUUUAACUGUGAAAUAUUAUUAAAACAUCCGUACAACACUUGUACCAGAGGUGAUAACGCAAUCUAGGGAUGAAAAAUAAAAGGACUGAUAAUCUCAUAUCCAAUCAAAACACUUUAAAUGAAGAAGAGUUAUCACAGUUAGCGCAGAAACCAAACAUCUUUCAUCAGAAUUCUGCUGAAUCAACAGAAGUGAAAAGUGGUCAUUUGUUGAUUACUUUUUCUUCCACUGUUUCAGUAAAUACCCAACUAAAGUCUCUGACAGGAAUUUACAACUUUAAGAUGUUAAAUGACUUUACUGUAUCCAUUACAAUUAAAUAAAUAAAAUAAAUAAAAUUAAAUAAAUAAAUGACUUUACUAUAAAUGUAUCCAUACCAGAGACCUCAAACUAAAUUUUCAGGGCAGUAUAUUUUUAACAUUUAUGAAGUUAAAAAUGUAUGAGCUUUCUUUUUCAAAAUUAGCAAACCAAUUGUUAAAAAUAUGUUUUAUUGGUGUGUGAGCUGUUUGGUAAAUAUUAAAAAAAAAUAAUUCCAUGUUUUCUUAAUUUUAAGUCAGUAAGAGUCGCCCUCAACUGCAUCGAAAUACCUGUGAAAAAAACAAUUUGUUUGUUGUGCCGCAUAAUGACGUAUGGUGCUAUUCUCUAAGAAAAAAUACACGCUAUAGCGCUAUAACUCUUUAAGCUAUCCAAGGUGGUCCAGCUCAGCACCCGUCCUCUAUAGCUUAGUUAUUAUUAAAUUUGGAGUUUGUGGAUGGUAUUUAUUCUCUAGGACAUAUUUCAGGAAAAUGUUUUUGAUUAUACAGAGUGUUCCUAAAAAGUAUGACGUCAUAGUCAUUUUUUUUAAUAGCAAGCUAUAAUUUUUUUGUGCUCAUUAUGAUACCUUUUACCUUCUUACAGUCCCUAAAGUUUUUUUUUAAAUCGGUUCAGGGAGUAUUGUUAAAAAAAUAAAAACCAACAAAAAUCGGUUAUACACCUUUAGUUUGAAAAAUUGCAAAAAAUAGAAACAGUGCUUGUUUGAAGACAUUUUUACUACGUAAAUGUUAAACAAGAUCUAUCAGACUUAUUAAGUGAGUGUUUACAAUUUAUUUCCAAACUUUUUAAUCUUUAGAGCCUUUUAUUUUGCUAAUUUAAAAUGACAACCCCUAUUUAUUUUUAUAUCAGAGCAAAGGUAAUUUACCCUCUUGGUUCACUACGUUAUUCUUCUAUUUCAAUUUGUAAUUUAUUAUUAAAUUUUAGGGAAAAAAUCUUUUUUUCUUGCCAGGACCGGGAUUUUAUACCCCCCUAACACCCUAACACCCUGUAUAAGCUUAAAGACUUCUAGCCUCUGUAACAAUAAAUAAUUGUUAACAAUAAAAUGUCAAUCCACCUGUAAAAUAUAUUGGUAUUCCUCAGUAUUUUGCCAAUGUUGCUAUUUUGUUUUUUUGUUAUUUUUAGUAUCACAGAUUACAUUUUACUAUUGUUUUAUCUCACUCUGAUUCCAAAACUUAAUAAGUAGUUCAAUAAUGGAUCGUAAUAAUAUUGCACCAAUUGCCAGAGAAAAUCAUAUUAAAAGAAAUAAUGUUUAAUAAAUAUAUGUAUAAUAAAAUAAUGGAUGGUAAUUAUUCAUUUCUUAUAAAUCUACAUAAAAGAAAAAUACGGAUUUGGGAAUUUAUAUAAUUUAUAUUUUGCCACUUAAAAUUUAAAGUCUGCUGUUUCUAGUUUCAAUCUUCUUUCAUCUUCUUGGUUUUUAUCACUUUUUGUAUAUUUAGCAAGUAAUUAUUGGCCUGUUCUCUUAAUAGAUUGAUUUUCUCUAAUAGAUCGGUUUUUUGUUGUCUCUUUAUUUGUUUUCAUUGCUUUUACUAUCUUUUCAUAUUGUUCCUUUAGAUUAGUUCUGCUUUUUUUUCAAACAUCGCCACAUUCUCUUGGUGUUCUUCUUCAAGAAAAUGUUCAGAUGUUAGUUCUCUCUCUGUGUGUGUUAGGAACGGGGAUUUUUCAAUAAUUGGCUACAAUGGAGCUAAAUGUAAUAAUUGUAAACCCUCUGCCACUGGAACUUUACAGAAUACCCGUUACAGCAAUUUUUUCCCAAACAGAAAGAUCUCUUUCUACUUAAUGGAGGCAUUUUUCUUUCUCUUUCACUAAGUCGAUUUUCUACAAUUUUGCCCUAGAGUUGUCUUUCCAGUCACAAAUUAUUUAUUACAACAGUUGAUACAAAAUAAAUUGUUCAUCCACACUUUAGACCAUUCCUUGGUGGACAAAACUGGUCCAGAAUCACAAAAAUUUAAUUUAAUUUAGCGAAGCAUCGAUAGAACGACAUCAACUAUGGCUAAUUAUAGCGCUAUAACGCGAGUGUUUAUAGAGAGUUUUAGAGAAUAUCAAUUUUGUUACGACUUUAUUUGGACAUUUGGAUUUUCACAUUACAAAUUUCUUUCGUUUAAUUAAUUGGACGCCUUUUUCUUCCAAACAUUUCGAUUGUAAGUGAAAACUGAAUACCACCUAGAUCCUAAACAAAAAAUCAUACAUUAAACAUACAUUGAGGUUUUUAUUUUACUGAACAUUACAUAACACACAGAACACAAUUGAUAGUAUUAUUCUACGUUCAGUUUUUCAUUUAGUUGAUUUUCAGAGCCCCACAAUUCGUCCCUAAACAUCUAGGUGACCCAUUUGACCUCAAAAAUUCAGUUGUGAUACUUGUAGAUAGAUGUGAAACGAGUUGUAUUCUGUUAAUAAAAUAACACACAAUGUAAAUGAAUAAUCCUUAAUAAAUAUUUCAUUCAAGUUA